AUGGCGAAUACGUUGUCCUUUCGGAAUCCAUCCAACGUCCGGCCAUCACGCUAUCGCACUCCCUCCCCGCCACGACAUGCCAUCGAGUCGAUCUCACCUCGCGCUCCCGUCCAUAUCUCAUCCUUUUCCACCCGCGACGUCCAUCCCAACGAUGGCCCCCAGCAACCCCGAUAUGACACAUUUAGAGAGAAAGAGUCCUCAUUAAAAAAUGGGUGGAGUAAUGCUUCCCAGGGCGGGCGGGCGAGUCUUGAUCAUUCUAGUCACCACUAUUCUUCUGGCGCUUUAUCCAGCAACGACGGAAAUACAAACCCCGCUAGCAGAGUCGGCCACCAAAGGACCGGCUCAAACAUCGAUACUCUGGCCACCAUUGCACUCGCGACAAGUCCAACCUUUGCGCCUCUUGCCUACGAUGAGCAUCCUACUGCCAUAUCCCCAACAACCCAUCACGCACCUGCUCCAGAUCAGUCUGAACGGCCAUCCAAGCGCGCUCGAUCGGAAAAGGCACCAUCACCUACCUGGCUAAUGGGAGCUUCCAGGCCUGCUACGAGCCAUGUUUCCACCUUUGAUAGCAUGAAAACCGAUGCAGAGUUGUUGCUUAAUUUUGCGAGACCCAGCAAUUUUCCACCCCUCCAAGAGGGCUCAGGACCACAGCAGCUGGCUGCGCAUGAGCUAGCAAACGGCCAGCAGCUCGGCGUUAAAUGGGCCACAGAUACUGCUAACCUGUGGGCGAAAAGAUGGGAUAUUACUGCGGAGAACAAACCAUCGUCUGCUUUCUUCAGGAACAACAAUAAUGGUACCCCAUCACGCAUUCGAUCGAGGUCUGACGGUUCCGCAUUCACGGGAAGACCACUAAUGAAUGGCUUCUCUGGACCGUCUCUACCCCCAUUGAUGGGUCCCGCCCUUGAGGACGACUUGAUCGAUCCACACCACAUUCCAGAUCAACAUCAUAAUAGUGCACAAGCAAAUGGCCCUAAUGGCCAGGAAACACAAUCGGCACAACUCCAACGUCCAAAAAGUGUGCCUACGUCCGAUUUGAAAGAGGAAGACUCCGAUAACGACAGUUCUAACCAGGCAACCUGCGCAGCUUGUAACCUCGAUCGAAUCGCGUCUGACAGUGAAGACGAGGAGGCCGUGACUUGGAUAAAUUGUGAUGGAUGUAUGAGGUGGUUUCAUAUCGUGUGUGCGGGAUUCAAAAGUGACCGCGACACCAGGAUAGUUGACAAAUUUAUCUGCCGUGGGUGUCGACCUAGACAUGGACCGACUACUUUCGUACGCAAGUCCUCCCGCGCACGAACAGCUAUCGACUAUGCGAGCCUAAAUCAGGGGUUCGUCAUGUCAUCCACCGAAACACCAGAGCAUCAUUACAUCCAGCCAAUCAAAGAAGGGAAGAUCACUUUUUUGCCAGACCACUUUGCUCGGAUACGUCCGGAGUUGGUCACUGCUGAAUACUUUGAGCGAGGUAUAGGAAUGACUGAACCCGUAAUCAUUCCCGCAUCUCUCAACACACGCUCCUCUGUCCCUGGCUCAGCCGAUUAUUAUGCACCCGAAGCCUCCACACAGGAGGAAUUUGAUGAACUCGCUGACAACAUGCCCGAUGAUGAUGUUGACUUCAACGAAGUUCUCGAUUGCGGUCAGGAUUUGUUGGACAUGGUCAUCCCGCAAGGUCUUACUGUUCGACAUGUAGCUGAGCUUUAUGGACCUGAAGAGCGAGUCGAGGUGAUAGAUGUCAAAUCACAGCAGGGGGAAGACAAGAGAUGGAACAUGCAACGCUGGGCAGAUUAUUACUACGACGAUUCUGCGUCAAAAACUGUUCGCAACGUAAUCAGCCUCGAGGUUUCCAACAGUCCUCUAGGAAGGCUCAUUCGACGACCCAAAAUUGUCCGCGACCUUGAUCUCCAAGACCACGUGUGGCCUGCCGAAUUGCAAGCCAUAGGAGAAUUUCCAAAAGUCCAAUUCUACGUCUUAAUGUCUGUUGCAGAUUGCUAUACCGACUUUCACAUUGAUUUUGGUGGCUCUUCUGUCUACUACCAUAUUUUGAAGGGAAGGAAAACUUUCUUUUUCAUUCCGCCCAAGGACAAAUACCUGAAGAAAUAUGAGGAAUGGUGUAACUCGGCUGCGCAGGACACUACUUUUCUCGGAAAUCAGACCAAGGAAUGCUAUCGAGUUGACCUUUCAGCCGGUGACACCAUGCUUAUUCCAUCUGGAUGGAUCCAUGCCGUCUGGACACCGGAAGAUAGCCUUGUCAUUGGCGGAAACUUCCUCACAAUGAUGAACUAUGGAAUGCAAAUUAAAGUUGCUAAAAUCGAGAAGGACACAAAGGUCCCCAAGAAAUUCCGUUACCCAUAUUUUCAGAAAAUCAUGUGGUAUGCUGCCAUCAAGUACUUGGAGGACGAUCCCAUUCCACAGACAGUUUUGGAGUCAUUCUCGCGUGACGAAAACUACCGCUUCUACCGCGAAUAUCCGAUUUACUAUGAAUUCGGAGAAAAUGGCAAUGGUGCCGAACCUGGGUCACUGUAUUACAAUGCACGCUUCUACUCCCAAGCAGAACUGGAUGGCCUGCCUGAACUAGCAAAAUAUCUCCUGAGGACUGCUUUGAUUGCCGGUGGAUACCAAGUUGAUGGGGUCACGACAGAAACUAGGAACGCUGUGAAAAAAUCCAUUCCUAAAGGACCAACAGAUCCCGUUAACACUGUCAUAAAAUUCGGGGUGUGGGUAGCUUGGAAACGCGGCAAUGAGCAUGCCGCAAGCUGGACAUGCCCGGGUGCCAUAUCUCUUGAUACUAAGGUUGACAUGUCUGGUAGGAAACCAGCUGGUAGACCUAGUCGACGCUCCCAGCGGAAUAUCGUUGCUGAAAGCCCACAGCUCAAUAACAACCUUGAAUUGAGAACCGGUCGCCGUCCCUCCUAUCAGUUAUCCGAAUUUAAUACGAGUGGUACUUCCAGUACCAGUCUUGCUUCUACGAAUGCACCCUCCACAAGCGGAACACCAGCCCCGCCGAAACGAAAGGCCUCUCUUGUUGAUAUGAAAUCCGAAAUUACCCAUGCAACUAAGCCGCGUUUGAUGUCCAAGUCGACUGGCCUGGGUCCAAAACGCGUUGCGUGUGAUGCUUGUCGAAAACGACGGAUCCGUUGUCGACAUAAAGAUGAGCAAGGCCUAGAUACUGUAACAUCCAUGGCAGUCAAGCAACAACACCUCAAUGGCAGGGAUAUGGCAACUGCUGGGUCCUUGAACCUUGCCUCAGCUACAUAUAUGGAUGGGAUUGAAGAACACCGCUCUGGGAAGCGGGAUGCGAUGUUGCCUAGCUCCGUAGAUGAUUCUUCAGCACUCUUUAUGACCCACCAAGCCAACUCAGGCAAGAUGAAAGGGUUUAUUCCGAAUUCCUCCAAUCCUGGAAAGAAGGGCCGUAGCAAGGCUUGUGACGAGUGUCGGAAGAGCAAGCGUCGUUGCAUCCAUGAUGAAAAUGGCCGGAUAGAUCCCGUCAAAGCGCAAGAGCGGUCAAAGCCCCGAGCGACAAGUUCCACUAAACGUCCUCGAUCCAGCGAUGGCAAUAUAUCCCCCACGUUAAGCAAGCGUCAAAGGCCAGAAUCUGAGUAUUCUGAAGAGGAACUUCCUCAGACCAAGUUGAACUUUGAGACUGUUCAAUUGCAGGGUCGUAUGAAUGGGCAAAAUGAGAAGCUGGUCUCCAGUGAGAAUGCUGGAAUUCCGACACACAGCGAACUUGCCACGAAUCAAACAUCAUAUGCCUCACCACCCACAUUGAAAGCUGAUCUCGUGACAGCAUCAGAAGUUACUGCGUCCUUAUCAGCAACCACGGGCCCAGCAAGCAGCCUUGUCUCUCCUCCUACCUCACUCGCAGACGAUAUGGAAGUCGACCCUAAUCAGACCGAUGGCGAAGCGAAGCCUGCCGUGAAGAACGAGCAACAACAGCAAGAACACUAUGGUGGACGGUCUGUCGUCAGUGAUGCUCUCACCACUUUAUGCCGAAACGCUUCCCGUCACCAGCGCCAUGCUCCUGAAGCCACUGUUCCCGCAGCAGAAGUGGGCAGUCGCAAGAUGACGACGGCAACACGCGCUCCACCCGCGACCGUAACAGCACCUUCAGACUUGUCAGUAGCUAUCUCAUCUCCAUCUGCCUCUACUUCCAUUCUAAAAAAGCCAUCAUCAUCUUCUCUUUCCUCUCCCUCCCCCCGCCCAUCCUCUUCGUAUCACCGCACAAACGUGCACCCGUUUCCUUCCUCAACCUCUUCUUUAAAACACGAAAUGGAAACCAAGCAGCACAAUCCCGUUGUUGACAAGAAACGCCUUGAAGGAAGCCAUCCCCCUCCUCAACCCAACAGCAGCAACAACAACAGACACACCUCGCCGACCUCUCCGCAUCGCCGCAGCAAACUGACGGGUCGUGACCGUGGCAGCUUCUCAGAUCCGGACGCUGACCCCGACACUUUGCGGUUGAUCAGGGAGAUGCAGGAGCAGGACUUUGGGUUGAGGAAGAGGCCUUCAAGGACGUGACUGAACGGGACUGACUUGAUGAAUUAAAUCUCUUUUUCCUUUAUUCUCUCAAUGUUCGGCUCGAACCAACUACAGUCGUGCCCUUCCAGUCUUCCCAUAACUUUUCGCUUCUCACAGCGUGUUUUCGCUACCUAGCGGAGUACAUUUCUCUUGUCACCCAGCCUUUCGUUUCUCUUGGAAUCCAUUUACCCAGCUCAGACACAACCAUAUGUCAGAAUUGGGAUCCCGAUAUUAUAUUCUCCGAUUUACACCCUGACCGGAGUGGAACCUUAUAGGUACCACAGGAGUCAUUCCUUCAGAUUACUUUCAUUCUCCUUGCCCAAGCCCCUGUGUUUGCACUCAGGCAAUCCGAAAUCGGGGGUCAAAAACAGUCCGGCCACUGUAUUUUUCCCUCCCGCCGUUUUCAUAACCUUUUUUUUUUAUCUCAUGGUGUUACUUUAGUCUUUUUACUUUCACCAUCCCAUUCAUACCGACUCUCACCAUCACAUUCCCAUAGUUUUUCAUGUUUAUUAUUUUCACUAUUCCUCAUUUUAUCUCUUGUCUAUAUCACCUUUUGUUUCGCUUUUCUCUGUUAUUCUCGGAUCGUUUCUCUUAUCGUACCAGGUUUGGUGAGGCGAGGUUACGGCUGGCGUUUUAUUAUUUAUAUCCCUUAUCUCUUGCUCUUCUCUUCCUUCCCUUUUUACUUUCUAAUGUCUCUCUUAUGUCUUUUCCCUUCAUCUCCAUAUCAAGCCUGCGCAAUGCUUUUAUCCAUUUGUUUUCCUCUUUGCCCUCGAUAAUUCUAUUCUUCUCUCCUCUUUUUUUUGCUUUUUCUUUCUUGUAGGUAUUUCUCUGGCGUGUUAUUUAUCUUAUCUUAUCCAAAGCUCGGGCGCGCGCAGGACAGACCUGGGGUUCUCCCGAAUUCAAAUUCG